AUAUUGAAGUUCGCAAGGCAACCGAAAGAGGGUGCCACUUAUGCUUCUCUGGCAGGAGUAAACAUCGCGCGCCAUUCGUCGGGGAACAUUCGUCCGCGAAGCACCUCCUCUGCAGCGGCCACGGUCGCAUGGGACUCCGAAAAACAGGUAUCUACACAUCGAUGGCUGACGUAUUGGAACGGUACUGAAAAUGGAAUCAGAAGACACUAGUGUGCCAGUAGCAGGCCAACAGUCAGAGUAUGUGGCUACAGAAGCGAGUGCACUGGUAUCAGCCCAGCGCGAAUCCGUGGGUGCAGAGGAGGGUGCACCAGUAAAAGUCCAACAAACAGAACCAAUGGGUGCAGAAGAGAGUACACAAACGCCAAUCGAACUGCCAGAACCUAUGGGUGCAGAAGGUGCAACAGCAUUAGCCCAACAACCACACCCCAUCAGCGCUGGACAGGAUACACCAAUGGCAGCCCAAGAGCCAGAACCCUCAGUGUUGGAGGCCGUUGGCAGUGGACGCAGCAGAUCCGCACCUCCCACCAUGGAGAUGCAGCCAGUGCACCUGUCCCCACUGCCCCCAGAAAGCAUUCCAGGCUCCUCAGCAGGCUCUAGUUCAGACUGGAUCAGUAACGCUACCGAUGUUACAUGGUCAGCCUCCUCCCUUGAUGGUAUCAUCGCAGACACAUACAAUGGCCAUCCACAUACAAGCGGAAGUGAUCAUGGAAACGGAGCAAGUGACAGUGUUCCUUCAAGCAGUACUGUGAGGCAGAACACAAGCAGUCAAAUGGAAUCUGAACCUCCUCUCUCAACCCAUGGGACGUCAGAACAUGUAGCAACUCUGAACCAACACCCACAUGGCAGUAAUAGCUGGACUGCACACAUUGGCCAUACAGACGCCGGUGUAACGACGAGCAGCUCGAGUAUGAGUCUGAAUUUCAGUACAAGCAGCAACAGUGGCAGCGACCCUACGAAGCACAGUGUUUUAAGUUUACGAAGUUCAAGCAUUUCAGAUAGUGACGACGAAGAGAUGGAUGACGUCGCAUCUGUCACAUCUUUGAUGAACCUGGUAGACGCCUUUAGCGAUUAUUUCGAUGAUGUGGAACAGCAGCAGACAGAGGAGUACAUUAUAUUCGUGAUCAAAGGCUAUGUGGAUUUAGCAUCCACUUCGAUGGCAGACCUGCGUAUUAUUGCCACAAAAGUUUUCGAUAAUUUUGAUGUUGCACAACCCUCUGGUUCUAAUAACAGCUUGGAUAACGGGGUCGAGUGGUCAGAAUUGUGUGCUAGUUUGGAACGUAGGCUUCAGGCUGUUAGAGAUUAUGCGAGAUCCGCCAGUGACGACACUACAGGGGAGGCAAUCGCAGAACUGAUCAUCCAGGAAUAUAAGGCUGAGAUGCGAAUGGCGGAAAGUGGCAUGUUAUCAGACGAAAGAAGUGGCUCUGCUAUUCAAGCUGCUUCCGCUUGUCACGAAACUGAAGUUCCGGAGAGUGGGGUGUUACCAGAUGAAGUAAGCUCUGACAGCCAGCUUAAAUCAGGUGGUGUGCAGAAAGUUCCAUUGGAGGGGUUACCAGCUGAGAAGACCGAUUCUCUUGGCCAAACUGCUUCAGGGAGUAUGGAGCAAGAGACUUUAGCUCAAUUAAGGGUGGCAAUGAAAAUUAGCAGUGUGUUCAAGGGAACGAAACAAGCAUCAAAAUCGCGCGCAAGUUCAAUCUCCAGUUACAUUUCAAGUUCCAGCAGCAGCAGCAGCGAGGAAGAUCACAGGGAGUAUGCUUUGUUGAGCCAUUAUGAACAGAUUUACCCCGAAACGGAAAGGCAGAGAAAAGUUCGCAAGUCGCGCCAGGCAGCAGCAGUGUUCAAAAUCUUCUCCAUGGUUGAAGCGCGCGUGUGUGGAAUGAGGACCAUGAACUGGGUGAUGCUGAGCUGCUUGAAGACCGUGAUUCCAAUCGUGAACCAGUCACUGCAGGCGAACAGAAUGGCGCAGAGGGCUAUUUCAGAGGCGGCGGCUUUCCGAUCUGCAGGACGUAGUGCGGACUAUAUCGCUGCGGUGACAGAAUCAGCGAUAGCAGCCUCGCAGUGUGCGGAGACGGCUGUGAGAGAGAUUGAGGAGGCGGUACAGCUUCACAAGCUUGUAGUGGACUGUCUGAAAUUGGCAGAAAGGGCACUGUUCAACAUAAAGACUGAAACUUGCGACGGCAUUGACUUGAUCCGGCACUUGGUCGCCGAUGUGGAAAUUGUAGAGUUGCAGGUGAGUCAGGUAUGCAAAACCUACCUGGACAAACUGAAGGACAAAUAUUAUCCAGACACAGGAAACUCGUUCGUACUCCCGGCCAGCGGCGUAAUCCACGAUGCUGUCCUGAGUAUGGCUUUCGAAAACAGUGGGGACGGCCCGUGUGACGUUCUCCAAGCUCUCAUGUGGGCUUCUCAGAGCUCUCUCAAUGCCUUGGAGAUGACACUGAAGGGUCUCGAAGAUUUUUCGAUUGCGAAACUGACACUGCCCUACCGUUUCAAAAAGUAAGUUACAGGUUAUUCAUCACAGUCAGAUUGAGAAAAAUCACAAGUCAGCAAUUUCAGAAAAAUAAAUUUCUAGAUUAUAAAAUUCGGUACUUCAGAAGAAAUGUUGAUUGUGAAAAACAUUUCAGUUUAGACUAAUAGGGCUGUAAGAUAAGUGUUCAGUAUUUACCCCACUCGUUGCGCAUAUUGAUACUUGAGAAGAGGAUUUUAAAGUUGAGGGUGGGUGAUACAAUGGCACACACUUUAGAGGUGAGUGACUUUGAGUAAUGACUUGAUGGAACAUCAUGGGACAGUAGAACUAUUUCUGAGAAUCAUAUUGCUGAGACUUCUCAUACGUGAAUUUUUUAAAUACGGAUCAGUGUAGUCGUGAUACUACUCUGGAAUAUUAAAAAUUAUCGAUUGACAAACCGAGAAAAAUUGAACUCCUGAAACUGAGCUGAAAACCGGCUCAAGUUUUAAGUUAAGACAUGCCAUUGUUAAUGUGCUAGGUGAUCCAAAUUUCAAAUGAGUUUCUAAGUAGUUGGUCACGCAAUCUCAUCUGCGUGUGGGGAAAUACGUAUUUAAGAAUCAAUUUAACGUUUUAAUCGCUCUUCGUUAAUACCACCUGACAACUUGUGAAAUAGUGUGUAGCUUUGUCAAAAUAUGAAUUUGUAACAGAAUUUUAAUAAAAUAGUUUAUUUCAAGCAUUUUAAUCAGAUGGUAAUUCUUAGUUUCAAAAGAAAUGUUAAGGUAUUAUUGGCUGCUAUUACAUUAAUAAACGCUUUUUUCCAACCGAA